UCUUAAGAAGGUAGAGGACAGUAACAAGGCUGCAAGAUCACUGUAUCAUCCAGAACAUCUCAUUAAGGUAUGAAGAAUCCAAAGAUAACUGGACACCAGACUGUUCCUCAGCUCAAGCAGCCAUGGUCUUCCUGCUCAUAUCAAUAACCUUGCUGCAUCUUGUCGCUUUGGCUAUGGUUGUCAUCGCAACCCUGGAGAAGUCAUGGUGGCUGUGGGCAGAUUCAGAAAUCACAGAUCUCUGGUAUAACUGCUUCCAUGACAACACCACAAACACCUGGUUAUGUGCUGCUACAGACGAAAACGACUGGUUGCAGUCGGUCCAGGCCCUCAUGAUCCUCUCUGUGGUCUUCGCCUCCAUUUCCUUCCUGGUGUUUCUGGGUCAGCUGUUCAUCAUGUCCAAAGGAGGACUCUUCUACUUCACGGGCCUCUGCCAGACCUUUGCAGGAUUCACCACCUUUGCCGCAUGCUUGAUCUUUACGUUCCACAAAAAGGAGAUCUUAGAUGACUCCAGAGAUCUCAGCAAAGGGCGCUUUGGAUUCUGCUUCAUUCUUGCAUGGUUGAGUGUCCCUCUCCUCCUCCUAAGUGGCGUUCUGUACGUGCACCUACGAAAGAAGCAAUGAAGUCAUGAAUUACUACCUGAUGAGCUGCACUGGAAUCAGCAGCAGGUUUCAAAGAGCAGGAAGUCAAAUGAAUUAAAUAACUCUUUCAUUUAAGGUUGUUGUAUCUCAAGACAACAUGAAGUGCUGAAUUUUGUGCAGGAUAUGAUGUCAUAGUGGAGGAUUUUCUUUGUGAUGGAUUAGACUGUUUUAUGAAUAGUAACUCAACAGCAAAUGAAAACAUAAAACGUUGUAAGAUACAGUACAAAGCUCUUGUUCAUAUCUUGUAUGAAGUAUGUCAACACUGACUUAAGUAAAUAAUAAUCUUUUAGCCCCUUCUUUAGUUCAUCGACACAAUUUAAUUUAAGUCAAAGAAAAAACAAGUGAAUACGCUUUUUAAUUGAUUUAUUUGUUGAUUGAUUCUGUAUUUACACAUCACACAGGGUGCCCCCCCCCCCCCCCCCAAAAAAAAACAGAGCCCAUAAAAUUUGUAAUAAUUUGCUUGAUAAUUGGAACAAUCGUCUUCCCCAACAUGUCUUGGUCAACCAAGGAAAAGACAUUUUGCCUGGAGGCCUAUUUCACUAACAAAACAUACCAUUUGGAGCAUUAUUUUGAAAGAACAUGACUUUUAUGUGAAUAUCCCUUCAGAAUUCUGCCACAAGCUUCUGGUCAAAGUGAAACUUAUUACGUGACAUCUGACCAAAUACUAUGUGUGCUGUAGCUAUUAUUUUGAAACUGCUAUGUAUUAUUUUCACCCAGUGUUGAUUUCAGAAAGCCCAAAAAUAAAUUAAAUCUUGUGUGGCAAUUUUUUAAGAUGAUAUUCACAUCUUUCUCAACAUAAUUCUUCAUUUCCUUCUUUUUCUUCUUCAUUAUUGAACUUCAACAACAACAAAAACCCUUUUGAAGAUCUGCAUCUUGAAAAUUAAUUUCUUCAAAAUACUACAAUCCCUGUAAUUAUUGUAUUUCCAUUCAAAAUGUUAUUAUUAUUAUUAAUGUAGAAAAAUAAUUUUUCAAAAUCAGCCACCGUAUUUUUUUUUUAAAUCAGCCACCUCAGUUAAAAAAUAACAAGAAAAUAAGUUUCUGCUUGUGUUGACUAUUAUUGUCUGUUUAUCUGAGAUUAUGUGUUGCAAAUAUGAUUCACACUUAAAACUUAAAUUCUUCUUCAUACAUAAAUUAUUGAUCUAAAUCAGCCAAGUAAAAAAAAAAAGAUAGUAAAAUAAUCUAUUGUUUUUGUUGACUAAUAUCAUCUUUUUAUGAUGACCUGCAAUUAUUAACUGUUGCAUAUUUUCAAAAAUAGAUGAAUUCGGGGAAGGGCAAAAGCUUUUUCCACAGUGCUGUAACUUCUUGUUGUGAAUAUAUUCUGUUCUUUACAAAACAACAGGCAGCUCAUGUGCCUUUUUUUUUUUUUUUUUUGGAUUGUGUACAUGUUUACUCAUUAAAAACCACAAUAAAGUGACCACAUUCA